AUGCACCUCUCCAUUUUGACCAAGCCAGGAAACAACAUGAGGUUUGAUAACUAUUCAGCCAAUGUGAUGGUUGACAGCAAACCAGUGAACCUGGGACUGUGGGAUACAGCUGGGCAGGAGGACUAUGACCGUCUUCGACCUCUUUCUUAUCCCCAAACAGAUGUCUUCUUGAUCUGUUUCUCCCUCGUGAGCCCAGCUUCCUAUGAGAAUGUUCGUGCAAAGUGGUAUCCUGAGGUUCGGCAUCAUUGCCCCAGCACCCCCAUUAUCCUCGUGGGCACCAAAUUGGAUCUUCGUGAUGACAAGGACACCAUUGAGAAGUUGAAGGAAAAGAAGCUAACACCUAUCACAUAUCCACAGGGCCUCGCCCUCGCCAAGGAAAUCGACUCUGUGAAGUAUCUGGAGUGUUCUGCCCUUACUCAGCGUGGACUGAAAACUGUCUUUGAUGAGGCCAUCCGGGCAGUUCUUUGCCCCCAGCCCACCCGACAGCAGAAACGCCCCUGCAGUCUACUCUAGGGGUGUGCUCUUGGUGCCCAUUUGUUCCCCAUUGCUGUGUUGCUCUCCUCCCCAAUUCUUUAAUUUCAAGGCUCCGGGGCUUUUCAGUCAACCAGUGAGCCUUCCCUCCUUGGCAUUCCUUAGCAGAUGGAUGAAGCUCUUGGUCAUUAAUCUCUUGCCUGCCAAAGACAUUUCUGGGACAAGAUUGUGUGAAUGCAUGCAAAGCUGUUUCCUACUCUUUGCUUGGGCCCCUUGCCAUAGCCAGGGGCUUCUGGGGGAGUCUGAGAGAGGACCAAUAAAACAGACCUCUUUUAUUGCAGUGGAAA